AGUGUCAACUCCUUCCCCUGUUCUUUUUCCUUUUCUUGUGGCAUCAAAAUUUUCAUUCUUUGCAUAUUGGUUUAGCAAAUCCUUUUCUGGUGAAGCUGCCGUUUUCCACUGAUCGGGGUUCAGAUGUUAACACGAAUUUGCAAUCGAAGCCUCUGAAAUUCAGGGUUAGCGGUUCCAAUUUCUCCGCCGGGUUCUGGGUUUCCUCCAACAAAGAGAGUGAUUCUUGCUAAAUAACCCAUUGCCGGUUUUACUAGCCAAAACAUGGCUUCCCAUGGGGCAGAAGACGUUGAAUCGUUUAAAGAAGACCAUGGGGAGGAUAUCUCGGGUAGCAAAUGCUUUGUCAUCCAAGCUGAAGAAUCUGUUUCCGACGUUUUAUUUCAGAACGAAGAGCAGGAGAAUGAUGCAAUAGCGAGUCCCGUUAGCGAACAUUAUGAAUCGGAAAAGUCUCGUAUUGAAUUGGCUGAAAUUGCAACCGAGGCCCAUAUGGAGCAGAAAGAAUCUACGUGUCAAAAUACGGUGGAAACUGAACAACUUGACCCUGAGUCUUCACCUGAGAAAGGAGAUAAAAUGGUUCGAGAAAUACCUAGCACGAAGGAAUGGGAUCCUCAAUUAAUUGCGAAUACUGACAAAAAGAGCAAUGUUCUGGAUUCCGAAAUGAACAAUGUGACUAUUUGUGGAGCUUUAUCGCCACAAAGUAUUGAAGCUGGUAAUAAUCAGAAGGGGGAUUUGAAUGUCUCGAAUCUCAAAGAAGGGAAGUACUUCUGUUAUGAUACACCCCUACAUGAAGAAACUGGGAUUUGGAUACCUGUUUCUGUUCCUCCGAUGACUGAAAACGAGCAUGAAGAAUGGACCAGGGGGUUCUGCUCGAAUGGUGGAUACAUUCCAGAAGAAGAUAUGGGUUGGAAUCAAUUUAUUGGGGAAGAUAAAGAAUUCACCAUGUGGGAUGUGGUGGUGGAGAUGUUACUUGCAGCACGCGGGAAAGUCAAUGCUCUUGCUUCUGGUGAUAUUGACCAAAUUUCGUGGCUGUCGACUCACCUAAUCGAGCAAGCGUGGAAGGAAAUGUCUCAAACCCUGACAGAGGCUAAUUUCAGCAACACCCAAGAAAUUCUUGAAUCGGAGCCGCCAAAAUGGUUGCCAGAUAGUUCAGCUUCUUCCUGUAUGCUUUGUAGCGUGCGGUUUCACCCGAUCAUGUGCACGAGGCAUCACUGUCGGUUUUGUGGAGGAAUCUUUUGUGGCGAGUGUACCAAAGGAAGGAGCUUGUUGCCCGAGAGAUUCCGUACCGGGGACCCACAACGUGUUUGUGAUGUAUGCUUUGUGAGGCUUGAAUCUGUGCAGCCGUACUUAAUGAAUCAAGUUAGCCGUGCUGCUCAGCUUCCGACGCAUGAUUUGACAGACUUGAGCACUUUAAGAUCCUGGGUGAAUUUUCCAUGGGGACAGACGAUGGAGUACGAGAUUUACAAGGCUGUUAACACAAUCCACGGUUAUGCAAAGGUUGGUUCGUUAAGUCCCGAGAAGAGAAUUCCUGAAGCCAUUUUAAAAGAUGCGAAAGGACUUGCAAUACUUACGGUUGUGAGAGUUGGAAUGAUGGUCACGUAUAACGUCGGAACUGGACUGGUGGUUGCUCGUCGGGAAGAUGGUUCGUGGUCUCCACCCUCUGCCAUUUCUUCCUUUGGCGUAGGCUGGGGUGCCCAGGCAGGAGGAGAGUUGACUGACUUCAUCAUCGUAUUGCGAACAAACGAAGCAGUGAAAACCUUUUGUAGUGAUACGCAUUUCUCAAUUGGAGCUGGUUUGAGCGCUGCUGUAGGAACCAUAGGACGUACCGCAGAAGCUGAUAUGAGAGCUGGUGCAAGUGGAUUUUCUUCCUGUUAUACGUAUAGCUGCAGUAAAGGUGCAUUUAUUGGGUGCUCUCUAGAAGGGAGUGUGGUCACCACUCGAGUAAAAGAGAAUUCAAGAUUUUAUGGUACGCAGUCGAUAAAUGCAUCGGAUAUUCUUAUUGGUUCGUUGCCUAGGCCACCUGCUGCAGCCACUCUUUAUCGUGCGCUAGGGGACUUGUAUCUGCGUCUCGAGAAAUAAAAGCGGAAUUUGGUGAAAGGUGUUUACUGUUUAUAUGUGAAUUUUAAGUCGGGUGAUUGGGAAAUUCCCACAUCUUUGUGAAGAAUCGCUUUGUAAAUAUUGUCAUUGCUGUUAAUAUCGUAACCACGAUUCUUUAGUUGUAUAUAAUCAAUUCUUGUACAGCAACUUGUGCCUUACAUUUCCUUCAAACAGUUUCAGUGAUUGCUUUAUUAAGGAAAAAUGGAUUUGAAUUU